UAUGGUCUGUACUCUGCAUUGGCAGGCUCUGUGGUGUACGUCGUGUUUGGGACCUGCAAGGAGAUUAACAUUGGCCCAACUGCAUUGAUGUCACUACUCACGCACACAUACACACAUGACACAGAUCCUGACAUGGCAGUAUUGCUCUGCUUCCUUACUGGCUGCAUAGUGCUUCUCUGUGGAAUUCUACAGCUCGGUUUUCUGGUAGAGUUUGUGUCAGUGCCUGUAGUCGCUGGCUUUACUUCAGCCUCAGCCAUCAUAAUCGCAAGCUCCCAGGUGAAAGGUCUGUUUGGGCUCAGCUACAGUUCUGAAGGUUUUGUGGAGUCCUGGACCAAACUGUUUCAGCAUAUUGGAAGUACCCGACUCUGGGACACAGUGCUGGGUGUCUGCUGCAUCAUCAUUCUGCUUUGUCUCAGGGUAAGGAAUUUCCAGGAUAUCGGCUAUCUUGACUAAGGCUCGUCAUGGUUUUACUUUGCCGUGAUGACUCUUCACCUUGAUGAUUGAGGCAGCAAGCAUCUCUAAAUUGUUGGUAAACUUCUAC